UCCUCCUGAGCUGUUGGCUGCUCCCUUCUUCUCACUAACAGCAGAGCAUUUCCUGAAUGAUUUAAGUGUGGUUAAAGAUCAGCAGCAGCAGCAGCCGCCUAGAAGUAACUGUCAGCUCACAAGCUCUCUUCUCAGCAGAUCCAGGCAUCACUUUACUGCACCCCAGUGCCCACCACAUUAGGACAAAAGCCUCCUGUCCGAUUGCUCUUUUAGCUAAUGGAAUAACACAAGAACCUUGCUACCCCAUCAAGAAUUUCCCACCUGGAUUGAAAGGAAUUUAGAACUUAUUCAAAAUGAGGUUGCUGCGGAGAAACUAUGGGCCCCUGAAACUUGCUAUGGUGGGCCUUGUGUUUGUGAUAUUUGUAUUCAUUAUGCACAAAGACGUUGGCAGUGGCUCUAAAGAUGAUCCCUGGUUAAAGAACAUUGUGGAAAGAAAAGAUCAGGUGCUUGAUAUGAUGAUGGGAGCAGUGAACAACAUAAGGGACUCUAUGCCAAAACUUCAAAUCAAUGCCCCCGUGCAGCAAGAAGAACCAGAACAGAAAGUAAAUUCAUGUCUCCCUGGUUAUUACACUCCAGCAGAACUUAAGUCAUUUAUGGAACGACCACCACUAGAUCCUAACAGCCCUGGAGCUGACGGAAAAGCCUUUAAAAAAGACAAGUGGACACCUGAAGAGACCAAGCGGAAAGAUGAUGGCUUCACAAAACAUUGCUUCAAUGCCUAUGCCAGUGACCAAAUUUCUCUCCACAGAUCUCUGGGACCUGACUCUCGACCUCCAGAAUGUAUUGAACAGAAAUUCAAGCGUUGUCCUCCACUUCCAACCACCAGUGUAAUUAUAGUAUUCCAUAAUGAAGCCUGGUCAACACUCCUCCGAACUGUGUACAGUGUAUUACACACCUCACCGGCGAUUCUCCUGAAAGAGGUCAUUCUAGUAGAUGACGCCAGUAUAGAUGAUUAUUUGAAGGAGGAGUUGGACAACUAUGUAAAGUCCCUACAGAUUGUCAGAGUUGUGCGACAGCCGGAGAGGAAAGGCUUAAUCACUGCGCGGUUGCUGGGUGCCAGUGUCGCCACUGGUGAGGUGCUGACCUUCCUGGAUGCCCAUUGUGAAUGUUUCCACGGCUGGCUGGAACCUUUGUUAGCAAGAAUUGCUGAAGACCACACGGCUGUGGUGAGCCCAGAUAUUACCACUAUUGACCUCAACAGUUUUGAAUUUUCUAAACCUGUGCAGUAUGGAAAGCACCAUAGUCGAGGCAACUUUGACUGGAGCUUGACAUUUGGUUGGGAAGCUAUCCCAGCCCAUGAGAAAGAAAGAAGAAAAGAUGAAACGUACCCUAUUAAGUCACCUACUCAUGCUGGAGGUCUCUUUUCUAUAUCCAAGGCUUACUUUGAACACAUUGGAUCUUACGAUGACCAGAUGGAAAUUUGGGGGGGCGAGAACGUAGAAAUGUCUUUUAGGGUCUGGCUAUGUGGCGGCCAGCUGGAGAUCCUACCUUGCUCGGUUGUUGGCCAUGUGUUCCGCACAAAAAGCCCUCAUACCUUCCCCAAAGGUACCCAGGUGAUUACUAGAAACCAGGUGCGCCUGGCUGAAGUUUGGAUGGAUAGCUAUAAAGAAAUUUACUACAGACGGAACCAACAAGCUGCCAAAAUGGUGCAAGAGAGAAACUAUGGAGAUAUUUCUCCGAGACUGAAGCUGAAAGAAGACUUAAAAUGUAAGAACUUUUCAUGGUACCUGCAGAAUAUCUACCCCGAGAUGUUCAUACCAGACCUCUCACCGACAUACUAUGGAGCGAUUAAAAAUGAAGGAUCCCAGAGCUGCUUAGAUGUUGGGGAAAGCAACCAUGGAGGAAAACCCUUAAUCAUGUACCCAUGUCAUGGAAUGGGAGGAAACCAGUACUUUGAAUAUUCCACGCAAAAGGAACUGCGCCAUAAUAUAGGGAAGCAACUCUGCUUACUUUCCAAAUACGGGCCAGGGCAGGUAGAGCUCAAAGAGUGCCAGUACAAGGGAAAAGGGACAAGCGUACCAGGCAAUGAAGAGUGGGAGUUCACAAAGGAGCGAUUACUGAAAAACACUGGCUCAAAUCUAUGUUUAACAUCUCGUGGAGAACAUCCAUCCACUAUAGCAUGCAAUCCUGGAGAUAUACAUCAGAGAUGGGGCUUCAGCUAAUCCCCACUGAUACUGACUGCAAGUGGGGGCUCCAUUUCUUCAGUGCCUUACAUUCCACUGGAUCCUGCUGAGGAAUCUGAAGAUAAAAGUUACCAUGGGAGCCAGAAAAACCCUAACUUUUGUCUUCCACUGAUACGUUUACAUUUUAGAAUGGUGCCUUGAAGGAAGAGCCAAUAACCAAAAGAACACCAGGACCAUGAAAAUGCCUUUUAUAAAGCUAAACUCUGAAAUAAAUGGGACAUUUCAAAACAAUGUGGGUGCUGGGGUGCCCCUUAACUUGCCAUAUGGAUGAUAUGAACAAGGUUGAUUUGCACUAGCUGCUCUUUUCUACACUACAAGUGUGCGAUAUACAAUAAUGGAUCAUAUCUUGUAGUCUUGAUGAGGUUCCUCUCUGAAGUGACAUGCUGCUUUUGAAUUGUAGGGCUCCUAGUAAGUAUCUAGAGCAGGCUGGAUUUCCAUCUGCUGUGGAUCCACAGCAGGAGGAAAGCCAUGGCAUAACUCUAGAGCAUAUCAAGGUGUCCUUCCUGAAUGUAUGGUCAAGCUGAGGGUUUUCUACACUGGAUUACACUUGUUCUGUCCUAUAGACAUUUGAAAGACAAUCCUGUUGGGGGGUUGUGGUAUUGGUUCUACCAGUACUUGAUUCUUUCUGCAGGAGAUAAACGACACUGCAAGUCCUCUGGCUUAAAUCUUAACCUGAGCUGGGAGGAUCCUGGCACUUGGCCUUCUUUUUGUGUUCUUUUGUAGGCAGCCUGUAGGACUAUUGCAACCCUGAUUCCCAACAUACUAAAAUCUUAAUUGUCUAUUUUUUUUUUUCUAGUAGAGAAUUAUUUAUUUGGGAUAUAA